AAAAGCAGUGGUGGUGACAAACCUUCUGAAACAAACAGGAAGCGAGACCGCGCUCCUGUGUCCACCUGCGAGCUCUGCGCUCUGCGUCCACAAACAGCCGGGGCCGUGGCUCGUGUAGCACACACACUUUCUAUACCUGAAGCUACUCUGAUCUGAAGAUCUACCAGAUGUAUUAACUUUCAGCUGUUGGGUCGGCUGGCACAUUUUUAUUUUCAACGACCUCACACCUAAAAGUGACUAAAGAUGCAGUGUCCCAGUCGCUAUCCAGACACCCCCAGCGAGGAGCAGAGGCACAGGAAAUAAGAGACUUUAGGCAACAGCAGGUCCUUAUGGUUGAGGUGGCGUGUGGUGCCCCUUGCCAUGCCUCCUGCCAUGACAGACCUCCUGGACAUAUGGGCGGCCCACUCGCCCCUGGCCGGCCACGCUCUGGACCAGAUCACUGUGGACUUUCUGCUGCCCACUGGUAUCUACAUCCAGAUGGACGUUCCACGCGAGGCCACCAUUCAGCACAUCAAACUGCUCUUAUGGAAGCAGGCUCAGUCGUUCCCACUGUUUCCCUCCCUGGGCGAGAUGGAGAGCCACAUGUUCGAGUGUGUCAACCAGGCAGCGGUGCACGAAGAACUGGAGGAUGAAACCCGCAGGCUGUGCGACGUUCGCCCUUUCCUGCCGGUCCUCAAGCUGGUGACGCGCAACUGCGGCCGAGCAGAGCGCCUGCUGGACUCUAAAAUCGGCGUGCUCAUUGGCAAGGGUCUCCAUGAACUCGAUGCCAUAAAUGACCAGGAGGUGAAGGACUUUCGCGGCAAGAUGUUUCGUCUCAGUGAAGAGAGGAUGCAGCGAGUCCAGAUGAUGACGUGCACAGAGUGGCUGCAGGCCUGCUUCUCCCCACAGCUGGAGCCCGCUGCAGGGACGGCCAUCACCGAUGGGGUCAACGACCGGCCGGCCGAUCUGAAAGUCAUCAUCCACUUCGACCAGUCCCAGGACUCAGCCAGUCUGAAGGUGCCAUCAUCCUGCACCCCCUCUGAGCUGAUGGAGCUGGCUUUAAAGAAGUGGCUGACCACCCAUGGGCCUGAGGAGGAGGCAUGGCGGGGUCAGUACAUCCUGAGGGUCAGUCACUGUCUGGAGUUUCUCUGCGGGGACCAGCCCCUGAUUCAGUACAAGUACAUCCGCACGUGCAUGCAAUCCAAGGAGCCUCCGCACCUCACCCUGGUCCACACCAGCACCGUCAAGAGCUUGUUUGACAAGGAGAUCUCGACCAUCGGAGCUGUGGUUUCCCGCAAGUCCUCCAACCCACCUUUACCACUACCUCCCAAGAGAAGGGUUCCCACGCAAGUACAGACGUGUGUGUGGGACGUGUCUAUCCCGUUUAAGAUAGUCCUGGUGAAUGGCAGCAAGGUGAACGCAGAGGAGACUGCCAAGGUCCAGGUGAGGGCCGGACUCUUCCACGGCACGGAGCUCCUGUGCAAGCCAGCGGUGAGCAGCGAAAGUUGCGGACGCUCAGACCACACGUGGAAGGACAGCACGCUGGAGUUUGACAUCUCCGUCUGCGACCUGCCGCGCAUGACCCGCCUCUGCUUUGCCAUCUACGCCGUCAUGGAUAAGGUCAAGAAGCAGAAGUCCACCAAAAAUGCUCACAUAAACAAGUACCAGACCAUCCGCAAAGCAGGGAAAGUGCACUACCCUAUAGCUUGGGUCAACACCAUGGUGUUUGACUACAAAGGCCAGCUGAAGACCGGAGACAUCAUCCUGCACUGCUGGUCUUCCUUUCCUGAUGAACUUGAAGAGAUGCUGAACCCCAUAGGAACCAUUCAGACCAACCCCUACACUGAGAACGCUACAGCGCUGCACAUCCACUUCCCAGACUACUCGUCACACCCGAUCAUCUUCCCUCCCUUUGACAAGAUACUGGAAAAAGCUGCAGAGAUCGCCAGAGCAAGUGACUGUGCACCCAUGGGUCGUGGGGGUAAAAAGUUCCACAUAGAGCUGAAGGAGAUCAUGGAGCGUGACCCACUGUCUCAGCUGUGUGAAAACGAGAAGGAUUUGAUCUGGACACUACGCUACGACUGCAGAGAGAAUUUCCCUCAGUCGCUGCCCAAGCUGCUACUCUCCGUCAAGUGGAGCAAACAUGAGGACAUGGCCCAGCUCCAGGCACUGCUUCAAAUUUGGCCCAAACUGAGUCCCAGAGAUGCUCUGGAGCUUCUGGACUUCAACUACCCUGACCAGUAUGUCAGAGAAUAUGCUGUGGGCUGUCUGCGUGAUAUGAGUGAUGAGGAGCUGUCUCAGUACUUGCUUCAGUUGGUGCAAGUGUUGCGUUAUGAACCCUACUACGACUGCGCCCUCACCCACUUCCUGCUGGAGCGUGCCCAGGGGAACCGCAAGAUAGGACACUUCCUCUUCUGGCACCUACGGUCAGAGAUCCAUAUGCCGGCUGUCUCAGUCCAGUUCGCCCUCAUCCUGGAGGCCUACUGUAGAGGCAGCAUCCCUCAUAUUGAGGUGCUAAAGAAACAGGUGGAGGCCCUGAGUAAGCUAAAGUCAGUGAACGAGCUAAUCAAGCUGGGAACCAUCAAGAACGCUCGGAGUAAGACCAAGGAGGCGAUGCUGACCAAGGAGGCCAUGAUGACCUGCCUGAGGCAGAGUGGCUACUCAGAGACUUUGUCGGACCUGCACUCCCCUCUGAACCCCAGUGUCCUGCUGUCGGGCAUCAAUGUGGAGAAGUGUCGGUACAUGGACUCUAAGAUGAAGCCACUCUGGAUUGUUUACAACAACAAGCUGCUGGGGGGAGACACCCGGGGGAUCAUCUUCAAGAAUGGAGACGACCUAAGGCAGGACAUGUUGACCCUGCAGAUUCUGAGGUUAAUGGAUCUGCUAUGGAAGGAGGCUAGUCUGGACCUCAGAAUCGUACCAUAUGGUUGCCUAGCUACAGGGGACCGGUCAGGGUUGAUCGAGGUGGUCUCAUCAGCAGACACGAUUGCCAACAUCCAGCUGACCAGCAGCAAUGUAGCAGCAGCUGCCGCCUUCAACAAGGAUGCUUUGCUCAACUGGCUCAAAGAGAGGAACACUGGCGAUGCUCUUGAUCGGGCCAUCGAGGAGUUCACUCUGUCAUGUGCAGGCUACUGUGUAGCCACCUACGUUCUGGGCAUUGGAGACCGCCACAGUGACAACAUCAUGGUCCGCAGCACCGGACAGCUCUUCCACAUAGACUUCGGUCACAUCCUGGGCAACUUCAAGUCCAAGUUUGGCAUCAAGAGGGAGCGCGUACCAUUUAUCCUCACACACGACUUCAUCCACGUCAUACAGCAGGGCAAGACGGGAUACACAGAGAAGUUCGGCAGUUUCCGUCAGUACUGUGAGGAAGCCUAUCUAAUCUUGAGGAAGAAUGGAAACCUCUUCAUCACACUGUUUGCCCUCAUGCUGACCGCUGGACUGCCUGAGCUCACCUCCGUCAAAGACAUCCAGUACUUAAAGGACUCUCUGGCUCUGGGUAAGACAGACGACGAGGCGCUGAAGCAGUUCCGCCAGAAGUUCGACGAGGCCCUGAGAGAGAGCUGGACAACCAAAGUCAACUGGAUGGCCCACAAUGUGGCCAAAGACAACCGCUCGUAGAGCAGCAGAGAUCCCUCAAAGGCCGGGGGUCAGGGGCCAAGAGGACACAGUGAAGGAGUGUGUGAAUGUGCAGGAGGGGAAGGGUGUGCCACGGAGACGGGGUGACAGCCACCCUGACUUAAAGAAGGGAAUCUAGCAGAAUAUCCCAAACGUGAGCAGAUUCAUCCACACAUACUGGACACAGAGGAAACCUGCUCUCCGAAACAGUUCAGCUACCCUGCACCCUUACAUACUCUGUAUCCCUCCUCGCCUCGCAUCACUCUGGCACGGUGCCUCCUGAAAAUCCAAAUGACAUUUCUGUGGAGUCAUGGUGGGGAAAGUCGUUGCAAGUUUUGCACAGGCACAGCAACAGCUGAUGGAGCACACAGCCAAAGGAAGGGAACUGAAGCACCCACUCUGCCCACACUAAAAAUGAACUGUCCCUGUGGAGUGGGCUGACGACAAGAAAAAAGAAUUCUGGUGCGGAUGAAUUUUCUCAGACGGACUUGAAACAUGGUGUGUAUGGACUCUGAUGGGGGCGCAUGGUUUGACCACGCCCCAGAACUGCUUUAAGUACAGUGGAGAUAACAGAUGGGUGUGGAAAGGGCGGAAUCAAGAAAGACGUCUGACCCCCAUGUCUUAAAACAAUGUGCACAGCGCCCACAGGAAGUGCAUCUUAACACUCUCCCUCCUGCUGCCUCAAAGUGUGCCUCAAAACUGCGGGAAGAUUGUAUUUUUUAUGAGUUUUCUUUUGCCAUUUAAGAGUUUAUCAUGAGACAUCUAUGUGCCAGACUACUUUACUAGUCCACAGAGAAAACUUGUGUUCGGGAAAUAAUAAUAAAAAUAGAAGGGGUGAUUAGAAAAGGAUGCCCUGAGCCUGUUGGUCCACUGUUUGAAUCUCAGCAAAUUCGGACCUUUGAACACUGGAAUGUUGUCAAAGAGACGUAUAUGAGAACUUUCAGAUAGUCUUUUAAUGAACUAAACACUUUAUUUUUUAAUUUCUUUUAUUUUGAAAUGACAAUGUGCAUUGUUUUUUCUGAAUAAUUUCAAAUCAAGAGCAUUAUUGGACAAAGUGUUAUCACCUGUGAGUCAUCACUAGCCAACUUGUCUUGAAGUCUAAAAGGAUGUGAGCUCUUUAAAGCGCCAUCCCGCUCAUGCUAGCAACCAUGACGAAUAAAAACUCACUGAGGAAUAACUGAUGCUUUUAACACGUUAGGACCAAAAGAAAAAGUUCAGUAAUGUCAUUGUUCAUAUUGUUUUUAAUUAUCUGUGUCUGAAUUGAAUGUGAAAAUAUGUGCCGCUCUCUUUUUAAGUGUAUUUGUUUUUAUACGAGCAGGUGUGGGCGGAGUUUGGGGCCGGUGCGGGCGGGGUCUAUCAGUAGGGACAUUACACUGCGAUGCAAAGCUACUUCCUCGUUUCGACAUACGGUGCUCCUCAGCAUCUGCAUCUGUGUUUGAUUUUUCGUGCAAUAUCCGAGUAUAUGAACCAUAUCUUAUUAUGUAAAACCUUGGGCCCAGGCCUAAGCCUAUAAUGGUUUUUUCUCUGUUGGUUUAUGUGUGAUGCAGCUGUAUUUCGCACCACUAGCCUUCAUAAGUCUCAGACACUGGAUAUUGUCAAAUGUACAGGCUUUUAUUGUUUUGCUGGUUUUUGUUUUCAUAGGAGUUUUAUUAAAGUUAUUUUCCAACGCGCUG